CACAAAAAGUAAUAAAGACAAAACGCCAAAAAAUUACCUAAAAAUAAUAAAUAAACUUUAAAAAUUUCAGAUUGCUUCAGAUAGGAGCUUUACCGCGUAAAAUACGAUGUUACUAAAUAAGGUAGAAUCCUGUACUCCGGUCUUCUAAUUCGAGUGUUGAUUGAGUGGCUCCUGUAUUUCCCAAGAAUUUAAUAGCAGUCCAACCGAGCAGUACUGAAUGUUAUGAAAACAUGACUGGAGGGCUCAGGCAACCCCGGCAUAAAUAUGACGAGAGGAGAGAACAGUAUUACGACUCGUACGAUGAGUCGGACUCUCCGCCGUCAUACCGCGGCGGCGGCUACAGCAGCGGCGGCGGGCACGGCGGGGGGCGCGGGGGCGGGGGGCGGCGCGACACCGCCAUCCGCAGCAUCCUGGACGUGCAGUACGCGGCGGCGGUGACGUCCCGCUCCGGCGACUCCGACUCGGCGCAGUACGUGUCGAGCUCCGACAGCGCGCCGCGCCGCCCCUCCGUGCUGCUGCAGGUCAUCGACGGCGCGCCCUCCGACCCCCUCGCCGCGCUGCGCCGCCGCGCCGCGCCCGCUCACAGCUACGUUGAAGAAACACACGAGUCCAUCAGAAACUACAUCGGAGGACCCAAAAUGUGGGACAAAAUAAAGAAGACCACCAAAAUUUCAUGCAAGACCACAUUCGGCGCCAUAAAAAAAAUGCAAACCGCCAUCUCGAAAGACAUACAAAAACGGAAAAAUAAGCCGAAAAAACUCCCCGUCGUGCUGGUGCAGGCGCUACACACGCAGGAGAAGAAACAGAAAAAAAGUAAGACCAAAACAAAAACUAUGUCAGCCUCAUCUGCCGCCGGCGUGCAGAGCGAGUUGCUGAACGUGGUAGACCUGGUGCCGUCGGAGCGGCGCGGCGGGCCGGCGCGCGCCGAGCGCUUCUACAUCCGCCGGCCCGGUCGCCGCCUGCAGCUGUACUACGCCGAGCCCUCGGAGCGCGACCUGCGCAGCAGCGUGCUGCAGAUCGACGGCAUGGACGACCGCGCGCGCCUCAAGCGGCUCCGGCAGGUGCGCAAGAAGGCGAAGCGGCUGCACAAGGACCCUGACCCGAAGCCGCCUAAGGGCGCGAAGGGCGACCCGAAGGCGGACCCGCAGGCGCCGGUCCCGCGCCGCGGCACUAAAGACACCGACGAGGUCCUCGGCGUGGACAAGUCCCCGUACCCGGGCACGGUGGCCAACAAUCCCGAGGCGCACGUGGAGUGGAUCCGCCGCCACUACGAGCGGCUCAUCGGCACCUUCCCCGUGUCCGGCAAGUCCAAGGCCAUGGCCGUUAUCGACACGCGCUCCAAGAAGUUCAACAUGGCGCGCAUGUGGUACCGCGGACAAGGGGCGGGUCUGAAGGGCACCCGCGCCAUCGAGAUGAGCCUGGCGAUGCCGGCGGGCACCGUGUGCUCCUGCCCGGUCACCUACUGCGAGUGCUACGGGAACACGCUCAAGCAGACCGACUCCGCGCAUUAUGAGCCACCCCUAGAGCGUUACGAUCUCCGAGAGUUCAUAGUGAAGGCGGCCGGGUACCUGUACCUCGGUACUCUGGUGUCCAUAAUCCUCGGUAGACGUAUGGGCAAGUUUGAGAACACGUUCGCUGGUAACUUCAUGAAGUACAUGGACGCGAUCCGACACGGGAUGUCGCGGUUACCUCCUGGUCCGGAGGGCGUGGCGGUGAUCCCCACGUACUGCGACUCCGAGUGCUUCCCCUUCUACAAGCUGGAGGCGCCGGAGGGCGUCGACGCGGACUUCACGGAGCAGCUGGACAACAUCGUGGGCCACGCGGCCGUGGAGGUGGAGGAGCGCCGCACGCUCGAGAAGGAGAUCGCCGAGUACGAGAUCAGCAAGGCCAAGGCCGAGAAGGAGGCCAAACUCAAGGUCGAGAAGGACUUGAAGGAGGCCAAGAAGAAGCUCGAGGAAGAGAAGGCCAAAGCCAAAGAGGACAAGAUCAAAGAGAAGAAGGAGAAGGAGCAGGCGGAGAAACAGAAGAAGGAGAAAGAGAAAGAAAAGGAGAAAGAGGUGGAGAGAGAGAGGCAGAAAGAGAAGGAGAGACUGAAGGAAGAGGAGAAGGCGAUAGAGAAGGAGCUGGCGAAGGUGGAGGAGGCGAAGAAGAAGGGCCCCAAGCACGGCAAGCACGGCAAGCACGCAGCUGCGCCGACGACGGCGGCGGAGGCGUUGGCCGCGCCGCCCGCCGGCACCGCCGCCGCCGCCGACCCCGACAAGCCGCCCACCUUGACGGGAGAGAUCUUCGUGGGCGCCGGCGGCGAGGUCAUGGUCUCCGGCAAGCCCGCGCCCGUCGAGUCCGAGCUCUACCUGUUCUGAACACGUUCCGUUCUCGGUUAAACAAAAAUAUGAAUUCUGAAGUCUGGUAUGAAAAGCGACAUUGUCAUUUUGUUACACGUUUUGUUGUAAAUAAACAAGCUGUGAAAAAUA